AUGGCAACCAGUCCGCUGCUGCAGUUGCACAAGCUGCUGCUGUGCUUGGAGUGGCUUCCGACAUGGUCGCUCUUGCAGGCAGAGAUUUGCUGCAAGGAAUUGAGGAAGCUUUCCUGGCAAAGAGGGCUCUUUCCCAAGCUUCAGCUUAGCGAUUUGUGCUUCCGUGGUUCUUUCCAGCUGCUUCUACUUUGGCUGGAGAAACGCGCCAGCUAUGCAGCAGGGAACCGGCUGGCACACUUGGAAUCUAUCGACCUGCAUCGAUUGCCGAUGUUGACGGACCAGCACGUGCACAGACUGUUGAAGCUGUGUCCCAACCUCCGCUCCUUGAAUCUUUCUGGCAACGAGGAAAGCCUUACAGAGAAGGUUUUGGAUAUUUUGCGUGAGAUGCGGCCUUCGUGCUUGCAAACUCUGGCUUUGCCAUUGCUGAGGGCCUCGCAUUUCCGGAUAGUUUGCACUUUGGGUGUGUUUCCAUCAUUGACGAAAUUGGAGCUCCCCCUGCAUGUGCCUGUGACUUCCGCCAUUGUCAAGGCAGAGGCUUUGCAGUCCCUCAGGUUGUAUGGCCCACUGCAGGAUGACUUGAUGGACCUCAUUGGCAGCGGAAAACUUGCACACCUGGAGGAGCUCUUUCUAUCCACCUGCCCUAGUCGCGUGGUGGCGAGUGCCGCCAAAGCAUGCCCAUUGCGGGCAGUGGGCAUCCCUGUGGACCCUCCUUGUGCUGCAAAAGAAUUGGCGGAGAUCAUCCAGGCAACUGGCAAACGGCUGGAGUCGCUCUCCAUUCCAAGCAGGGUUCAACCCCUGGUCGGACCUGACCUUGGUGCACUGCUGGCGGAACAUUGCCCGAAUCUCUCCACACUUUGCAUCAACAGCGAGAAGGUGUUGACUGGAAAUGGAGUCAUGAAGUUGAUGCAGAGCUGCUUGAAACUUCACACUUUGGAGUUGGCGUAUGUGCAGGGACAUUGUGUGCAGCCCGACUCUGACUUGUCUCGGCCAGUCACCCCUUCCAUGAGGCGAUGGCUUGAAAUCAGCUCCUGCCAGUUCCAAUCAAUCUCAGAGUCGCCAAUGGCACAUUGGCUGGAUGGGACUCUUGUGGAGAUCAAGCUGGAGCGGUUGCCCUUGUUCUCUCCAUCUGAAGAAGAAGUUCAGAAGAUGGUGACCGCCUGCCAGGACGGAUUGUGGCGACUACGGCUGGCUCACUUGCCCAGACUGCCUGAUUGGGCUUUGAGCGAUUUCUUAUGUAUUCCUGUCCAGUGCCUGGAGCUGUGUGCCCUGGAGCUCUGCAGUGAGGCCCUUCACCAGAUCCCGAAGUUGAAAGGCCUCAAACAAUUGGUACUUCAAAGUUUGAAAGUUUCAUCAGCACAGCGUGCGGAAGAUGCGCUACUGGAAGUGGUGCAGCAGUGUGAGAAGUUGAGGAAGUUGGACCUUUACCAGAUGCACGGAGUUGUGACAGAUCGGCUAUGCUUGGCUUUGAUGCAUAGCAACAGGGACUGGCGCUUUGGCAAGGGUUUGCGUUACCUUCGCCUGGACCUUCGCUACGGGCAAGCAUCGGAAGAGGUUUUACAAGCAUUAAAGGCCACAUCACUGGUUCCCACGCAGAUCCGGAUUAUCCCGCAGGAUAAAUCUCAGCAAAUGUCAGUCUUGCCCAAAGUGGUGCGCGCUCAAGCUCAGAUCCGUGGCUUCCUUGUAAGACGACAGCCACUGCCCCAGAGUCAAUGGUCUAUAUUCUCGAUUUUCUCCAUGUUCUCCAGGUUUUGGUCCAUGAGCUUGCAGAAAAGGGACCGAAGCUGCUUUAGCCAGCUAUGCGGCUCACAAUGA